AUGACUCUCUCCAUCUCGGACCAGCCCUCGCAAUGGCGCCGCAUCACCGCUCGCCAUUCGUUGCUGACCGAUGCUACCAUUGAUCCCUUUCCAUACCGCACAUCUCGCGCAGCCUCGCUGCUUGAUCAUCACAUCGUCAGGGACCCUUAUAAGGAUGCCCGUACGAUAAACGAUGAUGGAAGAAGAAAUACCGUGCCUCACUUGCCGCCGGCUGCUCCUCAUAUAACAUCCCACUCACGCUCCUCCCCUCCUCCGCAGCAGCUGCCUGCGUCGCCUGACGCAAGAGCUCCUCCUCCCCUCGUUCAUCCGGAUCAGUUUGACGAUCUCGACGCGCGGAAACGUUCACACCAGGCGAUGGCUUCGCACGAUCAUUCCGAGGGGUCCUCUUCUCCAACAAGUAUAGGUCACAUGGAUGGGUCGAGCAGUUUUUGUCUGUGUCAGCCCGAACCAAAGAUACCCAGACCACGCAAUGCCUUCAUUCUUUAUCGCCAGCACCAACAAGCAGCAGUGGUUCGUGCGAAUCCUGGCUUGCCUAAUCCGGCCAUAUCCAAGAUCAUUGGUGAACAAUGGAGUCGUCUGCCAGAAGAUGCCAAAAAUGAAUGGAAGGCGCUUGCGGAAGAAGAAAAGGCUCGUCACGCGCAACAAUACCCCGACUAUCGUUACCAACCUCGACGCAACGGCCGCUAUAGCAGUCAAUCAUCGGGUUCGGGUCCUCCAAGUGGCGGCAAAGUCGACGAGCAAGGUAAUUGCGUCAAGUGUGGCGGCAAGACGAUGAAUCCUCCUACCACACCCUACUCGUCGAAUCACUAUCCGACCACGCCCCGAGGCUCAGCAGUGACAAUGCCUCGACCUGGAUCGCAAGCUAUGGUGUCGCCGCCGCAAAGUGGUCGUCCGUCGUACCCUGAGCGCCACUGGCCACCACCUCCUCCCCGAUACCAUGAUCCUCGAGCAAGAUAUCCUUCGGUCGCCGAGGGCGCAGGUGAUGGUCCCGAUAUGAAGCGUCGUCGCUAUGAUGGCAACGGAGUCUAUAUCCCAACACGAGAAUGGCGCGAGCCACCUCCCUAUCAAUAUUCACCAAGGGCUACGUACUUUCGAGGAGAUGCACCACCGAAUGCUGGUCAGCGACAAUCCAUGACGGGCCCUCCACCACCACAUGCGAUGUACGCUCCCGCAGGACCUCCGCCACCACCGCCAAAGCUUCAAAUGGUUCGUCCGCCGCACGCACACAAACGGGAUCCCAGUCUUACGCUCCCACCACUUACGACGCCAAGCGCGAGCCAAUCAUCGACUUCCGGACUUGAGGCUAUGAUUAUGUCCAUCCCGGUACUUAACAAAGUCAAGAUACUCAGCCAAAUAUCACCACACCUGCCUGCGCCUAGUUUAACAUCACCAGCUCCCGAGGUCCGUGGCUCCGUCGUUGCCAUUGAAGGAAUGGACCCGACAACUGUGUAUAGCAUGACGAACUCACUGGCGGAGGAGCUCGAAAGAGACGGCAAAUUCGCAGUCCGAAUAUUUGGCGGCCCUGAUCCUUACAGCGUGUGGUCGGCCAUGCAAGGUAGAAAUCCUCUCACGAUUGCUGAGACGCUGAACGUCAUUGGCGAAUGGCACAAAAUCAGUGAGGAGAUGAGGCGAUUCAUCACCACAAAAUUCAGACCAGGAUCGAUCUCCGGCUCAACGGCCUCGGCCUCAUCAGCUCGAAAAUCAGUCACACUUGAUGGUCCCGCCGAUGUGAGGUCAGAACGACGCGGAAGUGAAGUUGAUGGGAAGGCAGACCGUAUCCCUCAUGGUCAGCAUCCUUCUCUGCCAGACCCGACCCAACAGCGCCCUUCUGUCGGUGGUCGAUUAUCUUACGGCUCGACCUCCAAAGCGACCGAUGGAGAGGAUCGCCCAUAUACACGCAUUCCUGCUGCGGCUAUCGUACAACAACAGCUCCCACAUCAGCAGAGUGAGCACUCAUCAUCCGCCGCGCCCGCAAGUCGACCCAGUAGUGAGAUGACGCCUCCAUCGCCCAGCAAGUUUGACACUAAUCCUCCUCCUAUCGUGUCGACCCAACAACUUCCGCCUACCCCUGGUGCGAGCAAGUCGCCAAGCUCAACCUCCAUUUCUAGUUCUCCAACACCAAUUCCGAUCGCCCUGGUCCCACACUAUCAACUCACAACUGUUGACACUGCCGCCAUUACUCUGCCCAUCAACGAUUCGUACUCCCCACUUGCACAUUGGCAAUGGCUUGCAACACUGUGGCGCGGCUGUAUUGGGCCAGAUGUCAGCAUUGUCAUCAAAGGUGGAUCUGGAGGUCACGCUGACCACAUGACUACGACGUUAGGGAACAUGGAAGAAAAGAGCGCCAUAGCAGAGAAAUCUACCGGCACUGCCGAGAUCGACGCUGCGAGAUCUACUGGCCCGACCGGCACCGCAGAAGAGACCGAGCCCAUCAAGGCUGGCAGCGGCGCCUCACGUCCAUCCAUCUCCGUUCCACCUCCGCCGCCCAAUAGCGGUAAUUCAGCACCAGGCUCUGGCUCGGCGCCACAUUCAGGCGGCUCAGGCUCAGGCGUUGUCCCCCAGUCUGCUGUCGUGGCGACUGCUGCUGAAGCAAUUGGACAAGGGGUGGACGUGAAGCUGAUUGAAUGUCGUGCUGUGGUGGUGCGAAUGGGUCAUGGUGGUAGCGGAGCAGGGCUUGAGGGUCAAGCCGAGUUUUGGGAGAAGGCGAAGAGGAGGGUUGGGUUUGAGGUUGGGGAGUUUUUGAGACGCUGA